CCUGCCGAAAGCCCUCUUCUCAUGAUCCGCCAUUAGGAGUGAGCCUGUGGUGGGUUGAACGCCAGGAUGCAGAUUUUCGUCAAAACCCUCACGGGGAAGACUAUAACCCUCGAGGUUGAGCCUUCAGAUACUAUUGAAAAUGUUAAAGCCAAAAUCCAGGACAAAGAGGGUAUCCCUCCUGAUCAGCAGAGGUUGAUCUUUGCUGGAAAGCAGCUGGAGGACGGACGCACGCUGUCCGACUACAACAUCCAGAAGGUGAGUUUGGGGCUGAAGAUUACACGUUUUUGUCUCAGCUGAAUUAAAUCAGUUUUG